AUGAGGAAUGGCAAGUCUGCGCGUCUGCGCGCCGCCAUGCACCAAUUCCCUUCAAGGGCUAACUCGAUUCUAGUCUUUUAUUUGGUUGGGCUCCUUGUCCCCGUUUUGAUUCUGUUUCACCUUCUCGUUGCACCGUACACCAAAGUCGAGGAGUCGUUCCAUGUGCAGGCCAUACACGACAUCUCGAAUCAUGGACUGCCGGGCUUCACGCCGAAAUUCGACCUGAAAUAUGACCACUUCGCUUUUCCUGGGGCUGUGCCCCGAUCUUCUUCCUUGAGCAAAGGCAUCGAUCGCCAGAUCCUUGCCCGAGCUAUUCUGGGUAUUUACAACGCUGGAUCGUUGAUUUACUUCGCCCAUGGCCUUCGACGUGGUUUCGGCCAGACCGUGGCAAUCUGGUACCUCGUCUUCCAAGCUAGCCAGUUCCAUGUCAUCUACUACGCGUCACGACCGCUAUCGAACAUGUUUGCAUUCGGCAUGACAACGAUAGCCUCUCGUCUCCUUCUGCCAGACUAUACGAUACCACGAGUGGAUGCCCGCCGCCGGGCCCGCCUGUCGUUGAUCCUCGUCGCUAUCGCAGGCAUAGUCUUCCGCUCGGAGCUAGCGCUACUUGUUGCGACGCAGACCAUUUUCCUGCUUGCAAUGGACCGAAUUCGAUUCAUGGAGGAUGCUGUGCUUGCAGGUGUGAUCAGUUUGUUCGUGGGGCUACAGCUCACCCUGGGCAUAGACUCUAUUUUCUGGAACCGCGUCCCUCUCUGGCCAGAACUAGACGCAUUCCUCUUCAAUGUGAUCUCAGGCCAGUCCUCAGAAUGGGGGACAUCGCCGUGGUACUUUUACUUCUUCAACGCGCUGCCGCGUCUUCUCCUCAAUCCGUUGACCUACCUUCUCGCUAUCCCGGUUGCCCUACGCCAGCCUGCCACCCGACAACCGUCCAUCUCGCUGCUUACUCCAACAUUAGCCUUCGUCGCGUUGUACAGUAUUCAGCCGCAUAAGGAGUGGCGAUUCAUUAUCUACAUCAUUCCGUCCCUUACUGCAGUCGCUGCCUUGGGUGCGUCUUAUCUUUGGAACCGCCGGUCUCGUUCUCUCUUCGCCAGCCUCUCAUCUCGCCUUCUGGUACUCUCAUCCCUAGCCGCCUUCUUGCUAUCGAAUUUCGUUCUUCUGCCCGCCUCGGCAGCCAACUACCCUGGUGCACACGCACUGAAUGCUCUCCAUCAUCACCAUGCCCUGUCCGUGUCCGACGAACUUGAUGGGGCCUCGGUCUACCUUGGAAACCUUGCCUGCCAAACUGGCGUUACUAGAUUCCUUCAACAGUCCCCUGGACUGGGAUGGCACUACGACAAGACGGAAGACAAGGCUUUGAAAUCCUCCCACGCUUUUUGGAAUCAGUUCGACUACGUUAUUGUUGAAGCUUCUUCCGAUGCAGAGUACAAAGAUAAUGACGAGACACGGUUGCGGAGAGUUCUCCAGGAAUCAGAAUGGGAGACGACUGAUGUCAUUGAUGGAUUUGCGGGGAUUUCCAUAGUGAAGCCUGGUUCUCCAGCGAAUGGUGCUGUUGAGCGGCGCCUUUUGUCGAAGCUGGGUGGUGAGAGUGCGGCGGGCUUGUAUGACCAAGCUCGUGACUCGGUACGAAAAGUGUUCUUGCGUGGUUGGUGGGUCGAGCUAAGGAUGCGGCCUAAGCUUAAAGUGCUCAAACGAAUUCGGGAGGAGUAG